CGCAGCUGAGCCGCUGCCUCUUUCCGCCUUUCUCGCCAGUUCUCUCUGUCUGUGCCGCUACCUCCUUUCCUCCUCUCCCUCCACCCGAUCGGCAGGAGAAGCCGGGAAACGGGCAGCCCCCGCUGCUGCGGCCGAUCGUCCUUCCGUCCCCGGUCCCCAGGUCGCGGCCGAUCCGGCCCUCUUUCCGUCAGGCGGCCGUCUCUCCUGCUCCGCCCCCGCCACCCUCCGACUCGCCUCUGACAGCGCUCUGGGCUGGGCGGCAUAUGCCCGCCCGGCACCAACGUUCCGGCCGAGCACUACGGUGCUCGACCGUCACGUUGGAGCUGGUUUGGAACGGAUCCUAAUUUAUGACAGAGCCGUUUAGCAGUCUAUAAUCAUGAGCAACCCAUUCAUGCACAUUGCUGAACCUCUGGACUCCACACUACCUGAAAAGAAAUUCUUUAAUUUGAACAAAUUGGAGGACUCAAGAUAUGAACGUUUGCCAUUCUCUAUUCGAGUUCUCUUGGAGGCAGCCAUCCGAAAUUGUGAUGAGUUUCUGGUGAAGAAAAAUGAUGUUGAAAAUAUCCUAAAUUGGACCGUGAUGCAGCACAAGAAUAUAGAAGUGCCAUUUAAACCCGCUCGAGUUAUCCUGCAGGAUUUUACGGGCGUGCCUGCUGUGGUUGAUUUUGCUGCAAUGCGCGAUGCUGUGAAAAACUUGGGCGGAGACCCAGAGAAAAUCAACCCCAUUUGUCCGGCUGACCUAGUAAUUGAUCAUUCCAUCCAGGUUGAUUUCAACAGAAGUAAACCUGAGUCUCCGCCCUCAACUCUCUCCCAUGCCGCUGCUGCCCAGCACAGGGUAGAUAGUUUACAGAAGAACCAGGACCUGGAAUUUGAAAGAAAUAAGGAGAGGUUUGAAUUUCUGAAGUGGGGCUCCCAAGCUUUCCACAACAUGAGAAUUAUUCCCCCUGGCUCAGGGAUUAUACAUCAAGUGAAUUUAGAGUACCUGGCAAGAGUGGUGUUUGAUCAGAAUGAGUACUAUUAUCCAGACAGCUUGGUGGGCACGGAUUCGCACACCACAAUGAUCGAUGGUUUGGGUGUGCUUGGCUGGGGUGUUGGUGGCAUUGAAGCAGAAGCUGUCAUGUUGGGCCAGCCAAUUAGCAUGGUGCUUCCUCAAGUUAUUGGUUACAGGCUCAUUGGAAAUCCUCACCCUCUAGUCACUUCCACUGACAUAGUGCUUACUGUUACCAAGCAUCUUCGCCAAGUUGGGGUUGUGGGUAAAUUUGUGGAGUUCUUUGGGCCUGGAACAGCCCAGCUUUCCAUCGCCGACCGAGCCACUAUUGCUAAUAUGUGUCCAGAAUAUGGAGCAACUGCAGCCUUCUUCCCAGUGGAUGACAUUAGUGUCAAGUAUCUGAUUCAAACCGGUCGUGAUGUGCAAAAAGUUAAUCUCAUUAAGAAGUAUCUUCAAGCUGCAGGAAUGUUUAGAGAUUUCAGUAAUUCAUCUCAAGAUCCAGAUUUCACCCAGGUUGUAGAAUUAGACUUAAAAACUGUGGUGCCUUGCUGCAGUGGACCCAAAAGGCCUCAAGACAAAGUAGCUGUGUCAGAAAUGAAAAAUGACUUUGAAAACUGCCUGGGAGCCAAGCAAGGAUUUAAAGGAUUCCAAGUUGCCCCAGGCCAUCACAGUGACCACGUGAAGUUUCUAUAUAACAAAAGUGAGUUCAUCCUUGCUCAUGGUUCAGUAGUGAUUGCUGCCAUCACUAGCUGCACCAACACCAGUAACCCCUCUGUGAUGUUAGGGGCAGGUUUAUUAGCAAAGAAAGCUGUAGAAGCUGGCCUCAAAGUGAAGCCUUAUAUUAAAACUAGCCUGUCUCCAGGAAGCGGUGUAGUCACCUAUUAUCUGAGGGAAAGUGGAGUGAUGCCUUAUCUGUCUCAGCUUGGGUUUGAUGUUGUGGGUUAUGGUUGUAUGACCUGCAUUGGUAAUAGUGGACCUCUACCCGAGCCUGUGGUGGAAGCAAUUAAUCAGGGAGAUCUUGUUGCAGUUGGAGUGUUGUCUGGAAACCGAAAUUUUGAAGGCCGUGUCCAUCCCAAUACUCGGGCUAACUACUUAGCAUCCCCACCGUUAGUCAUAGCAUAUGCAAUUUCAGGAACUGUCAGGAUUGACUUUGAGAAAGAGCCACUGGGGGUAAAUGCCAAUGGACAGAAGAUUUUUCUGAGAGAUAUAUGGCCAACACGAGAUGAGAUCCAAGCUGUGGAGCGCCAAUAUGUAAUCCCUGGGAUGUUUAAGGAGGUCUACCAGAAAAUUGAGACUGUGAAUGAAAGCUGGAAUGCCUUGAAUGCCCCAUCAGAUAAACUGUAUUCUUGGAACCCCAAAUCUACAUACAUUAAAUCUCCACCCUUCUUUGAAAAUCUGACUUUGGAUAUUCAGACUCCUAAAUCUAUCACUGACGCAUACGUCCUUUUAAAUUUGGGAGAUUCUGUUACAACUGACCACAUCUCUCCUGCUGGCAAUAUUGCAAGAAACAGCCCUGCUGCUCGCUACUUAACCAACAGAGGUUUGACUCCAAGAGACUUCAAUUCUUAUGGCUCCCGCCGAGGUAACGAUGCAGUCAUGGCCAGAGGGACUUUUGCUAACAUUCGUUUACUAAAUAAAUUCAUGAACAAGCAGGCACCUCAGACCAUCCACUUUCCUUCUGGAGAAACUCUCGAUGUGUUUGAUGCUGCUGAGCGGUACCAACAGUCUGGCCUUCCCCUGAUUGUGCUGGCUGGUAAAGAAUAUGGCUCAGGAAGUUCGAGAGACUGGGCUGCAAAGGGACCUUUUCUACUGGGAAUCAAAGCGGUCCUAGCUGAGAGCUAUGAGCGAAUUCACCGCAGUAACCUAGUAGGAAUGGGAGUAAUCCCUCUGGAAUAUCUGCCUGGGGAGACUGCUGAUACACUCAGACUUUCUGGACGGGAGCGUUACACAAUUAUCAUUCCAGAAAACCUCAAGCCAAGAAUGAAUGUCCAGAUCAAGCUGGAUACUGGGAAGACCUUCGAAGCUGUCAUGAGGUUUGACACUGAUGUGGAGCUCACCUAUUUCCAUAAUGGGGGCAUCCUCAACUAUAUGAUCCGGAAAAUGGCUAAAUAGGCUCGUGUCGCCAUCAAGACAAAAUCUAGAUGGUCUAGAUCAAGAGGUCAUUGACCACGGAAGCAAAAACCCUGAAAUGAAAGUCUCCUGGUGGAUCACGUCAUUAUGGGCCUCAUUAACACCAUUAGAAAGUGUGUGCAUUGUGAUUUUUCUUUUGUUGUUGUUAUUGCUUGAUAUACAAAGCCUGAUUUUCCCCUGAUCUGGUGGAGAGAAUGUGAGUGGAAAAAGUUUUAUGUUGAACAUACCUGAAGCUAUUAAUCAUUAGCUGUUGACUUUUAUCCCCAUCCUUCUUUAAACUGUCUCUGUCUUGUUUGACUAUGCUUCCUCUUCUUCAAUUAGAUUUUUUGCUUUAGUUCCCAUUCUCCUUAGCAGUAUAUCCAGAAAUUAACUGACAAUUCAAAGAAGGGCUUUCUUUACCCUCCACAUCCAAGUAAUGAGAGACUCUCUUUUUUUGGUUUCCAUUUUCUCUGCAGUAGUUAAUCAGAAUAUUCAUUUGAGGGAAUUAACCUUGAAAUUAUUCAAUUCCAUAGCUUUUUACAGGUUAACAAGAAAAAGAAAUGUGAACUUCUUUCAUUAACAUCUUCCUCCGGAAGCUCUGCUUUCUAUUUUGUAACAGGAGACCUCUGUGGGAGGUGGGGAGCGGCAGGGCUGGUGGGGAGAAAGAACAUUUCAAACUUGAAUGAGAUUAAAUCUAUUUUCAAAAAA